CAAAGUUGACUCAUGCUGUCAAUUCUUAAAAAUACAAACUAAAUAUGAAGCAUAUAUUUAGCGUUAAGGUUUGACUAAAAUAAUUCAUAUUUUUAAUUUUAUAACUAGAUGCAAUUGCAUACAUGUAAUAAAUAAUUCUAGUUACCAUACCGUGAGGGGGUAUAUUAAAGUACCCCCUAGUACGGACCAUUCUUGAAUCAGUCGUGUACAUUCUGUCAUAGGAGGUGUAAUUUUAUAUGAAGAAAUUUACGCAAAGAGUAUUAGGACGAUCUUUGAAAUACACGUGGGAAGACUAAUGAAUAAUUAAAGGUUGUGUUAUGAAGUAUAAGAAUAUAAUUAUUUUUUGAUUGUGUGACAAUUAUCCGUAAAAUGCAAUAAUUGAUUGUACUUAUCUCAUUGUAAUAAAUUAUCAUUUUAAAGAAAACAAUGAAAGUAAAUGAAAGUAAAAAUUUUUUCUGAGAACAGCAUGUGCAUACUAUUGCAUAUGACAUAAAUAUUUACUACUUGUGCUUCUCUCUCAUAAUCAAGUGUGAUUAUUUUGUAAAUAAUUCUAAUAGAAUUGUAUUACAAGAAAAUUAUUAAAAUGGCAUCUUCUGCAAUUGAUGAUUUAUUAUCCGGGCCGUUAGUAACAUGGUUUGCUAGCUGUCUUGAAGAUCCUGAUGUAUUAUCUACGUACGAAGAUUUAGUAGAUGGUAUUCUUCUGCAUAAUGUUUUUUUACAAAUUGAUCCAGAACCUUUGCACGACGAAGUAAUCCCACCCGGUGGAAAUCCAGUUAUUCGUGCAAAAAAUUUGCAGAUUAUAGUUGGAAAUAUGAAACAGUUUUAUGAAGAAGAAUUGGGUCAUGUACUAUUAAGAUUACCUGAUACGAUAAAUUUAGGUAAAGAGCCAGAGUUGCAUAUUGUUGAUAUGAAGUUGCUUUUAUUAUUACUUCUCGGAUGUGCAGUACAAUGUCCCAACAAAGAAAAAUUUAUAACAAAAAUUAAAACUCUUAAUGUUGAUACUCAACUUGCGAUAGUUGAAUGUAUAAAACAGGUUACGGACAAUCAAGAUAUAGUAGUUACUCAAGAUGCUAUGGAAAAUGUUAAUAUGGGUUGUCUUUUCAUGCAAAUAAAAACUAUAGUUCAGGAAUUAAAUUUGUACAAAGAGAAAUGGGGUAACGUAGCCGCGAAUGAAAUCUCUGAAAGAAAUGACUCGUCUAUUAGUGCAGAAGCCGAGGAAAUAAAUAAAGUUCAACAAUCUAAUCCAGUUACAAAAUCCGAAAGAGAAGAUAGUCAUCAUUAUGCCGUUGAGUUAGCCGAUUGGAAGUCAAAAGUUAGAAAACAGAGACAAGAGCUGGAAGAAAAGACAGAAGCUUUGCUUGAAUGUAAAGAAGAACUUGAACACAAUAAAGCUUUGUUGGUUAAGCUCAAGCAAGAGAACCAGGAAUUAAUGCAUGAAGCACGGACAGCGAAGUCAUACAGAGACGAAUUAGAUGCGGUGAUUGAAAGAGCAGAACGCGCUGAUCGCUUAGAAAUAGAAGUAACACGUUACAGAGAAAAAUUGACAGAUAUUGAAUUCUAUAAAACUCGUAUCGAAGAGUUACGCGAAGAUAAUAGAGUCUUGAUGGAGACACGAGAAAUGCUUGAGGAACAAUUAAGUUCAUCACGAAGAAGAGCAGAUAAGGUUCUGGAACUCGAAUCUGAGAUUAUUAAAUAUAAACAAUUACUCAAUGACAUGGCUUUGGAACGAGCAGCAGAUAAAGAAAAAUAUCAAGAAUUGAUAGAAGAAAAUGCUCAAUUACAUAGACUAACUAAAGCUGCGGCUAACGAAGCUGCAUUAGCUGGAUCUAUCAGCGAUUCGGAAGAACCAGCACACACUGAUAAUAGAUUAUCAGAUCAACUAACUAAUAAUGCACAAACACGAGCGCUUAAAUUAGAAUUGGAGAAUCGACGACUAGUAACAUUAAUUGAUUCAUUGAAGGAAAAUUCAUUUCAUGAAAAUUCAUCUCGUGUUUUGGAAUUAGAGAAGGAAAAGAAAAAACUUACAUUAAAAAUUGAAUCAUUGAAUGAUAAUAGUGAACGAUUAACACAACAAAAUUCAGAUCUUGAAUUAGUAUGUAAACAAGCUUUAGAGGAAAAUAAAAAGCUUCAGAAUUCUCUUAAAAACCAGCGAGCAUCGUUUGAAAAACAACAGCAGGAUCUUCAAAUACAACAUGGGAAGAUGGUGGAGUUAGAGAAACAAUGUGACGUUGUCGUAAAAGAAAAACAACGCGUACAAUCUUUACUGGAGAGCGUACAAAGACGUGCAGACGAUUUAGAACGUACAUUAGAAAUAACAAACCAAAAGGUAGAAGAACUUAAAGAUAUCGAACAUAAAAUGAACGAUAUAAAAUCUAAAUGCACCGAUUUAGAGUCAAAAAUUGCAGUAUUAGAAAAAGAAAAGGAUAUCGCUCAAAGAGAUACACAUAGGUUCAAAGAGAUAAUUGAGGAGAAAGAUGUAGCUUUGGACAAAGCAACAAAUACGAUUGAGGUAUUAGAAAGAAAAGUUGUACAACUCGAACAGGAAGUUCAUAAUUCUUUAUCACAAAUUUUAAGAUUACAAGAAGUCGAAAGAUCUAGUAAAGAAUUAGAUUCAAGAGCUGCAAUUGAUAGAGAAACAUUGGAGACAUUGCAAUCAAAGUUAGUUGCAGAAAAGUUAAACACGCAACAAUUGUAUGCAGUUUUAGAAAAACUUGGCCUUAGUGAUAAUAUGUUAUCUCUUUCUUUGGAUAAUAUAUUGGAAAGAAUUGGACAAAAUCCAGAGGUAAUAAAUCAUGUUAAAAAAUCGAUGAAAUCAGAGUCUUCUCGUUAUCGUUCAGUCAUCGAAUCAGAAUCAACGAAUACAGAUGAAAACAGUCAAUCCGAUCUUAAUAGUGCCUUACAAAAAACGAUAGAAUCAUUAAAGAAAGAACAAGAGCAGUUGCAAUCAAAAUUAACUGCAACGGAAACAAUGUCAGAAAAUCUUUUAUCAGACAAUACAAAGCUUCAAGUAUACAUAACUACUUUACAAUCUCAAAGUACUUCAUUAGCCUCGCAACACACAGCAUUGCAGCUUGCAAAUUCACAGCUUGUUGCUGAGAAGGAAGAACUUUUGAAAGAACGUAGCAUGCAGCAUCGCGCACACUCGGAAUUACUUCACGAUCAAGAUACGUUACAAUCUUUACACGAGCAAUUAAACAAUGAAUAUGAGAACCUACUUCAUGAGCGUGAAACACUUAAAUCUAGUUUGAGAGAUGUAAAGAAUGAAAUGAGAAUGUUACGUGAGUCGUGUGAAAGAUUGGAAUUGAAGAACAAGGCUCUUUUGACUGACAAAGAGACGUUGAUUAGCAAUGCAAAGAGUUUAAAUAAUUUAAGAGGAGAACAUUCCAAGCUAACGGACGACUUCAGGAACUUGUAUACAGCGACAGAAAAAUUAAAAAUAGAAUAUAGAAAUUUACAAGAGGAUUAUAGAAAAAAUAAAAUAGAGACGAAUAGAUUGAGCUUAAAACAAACUGAAAUGCAAGGUGAACUUAGUAGUAAAGAUGAGAGAUGUUCUAAUCUAGAAUUACAAAUAAAUAAAUUAAAUCAAAGAUGCGAGAUGUUAUUGCAUAUGAAUUCUGGUCUGGAUAACGAUAGACGUUCUUUAAUGGAACAUAUAACUUUGCUUUUUAGUCAAUAUCACGAACUUUUGACGCAUUCGCUCGAAGAUAAAGAACAUUAUCAUAUGGAAGAGAAAAUGUACACGGAUAAAGUUAAUCAUUUAUAUAGGCAAAAAGAAAAACUGGAAGACAAGAUAAUGGAACAUUAUCGAAAAUUAGAAAACUGUAGUACAAAAAAAAAAGGAUUUGCUCUUGGUUUUGUUCGUAAAGUUAAAAAAGCUAGUUCAGAACUUCUAAACAAGAAACGACGGUCUUGGGCAGACGAUAGCAAACAAUCUGAAGGAAAAACGUACGAAUCAGAAUCUGGUGGAAAUGACUCUGAUGCAAGUAUUGAAGAUCAUCGAGUAACAGGAUCAAUGAAUAACAAAAGUUUAGGAUCCGAAGCAUUUUCACUGGGCCAUCCAGGAACUAGAAGAACGGUUUAUUAUAACGAUGAUUCACCACCACCUUCUAACACUUUACCGGAGCAAGAGGAUGAUAGACGCACAGUUCAGUUAGAUCAGAAUUUAAGGACCGAAUCGCAAACAGAAGCACGUCCAUUUUUAAUAUACAACAAAGUAUCCGCAGUUAUAAACGAAUCGAAAAAUAUUAAUAGUGGAACGCCAAAAGAUAUGGUUCAAGAUGAAGGCCUUACAGAAACUCCAACAGAUAAGGAUCCAAAAACAGGUUGUCCAAUUUGGUACGAAUAUGGAUGUGUGUAA